AUGAAAGGCCUUUUCACGUCCGCCUGCAUCGCACUUGCGACAUGCACCAAUGCCGCCCUCGCCUCAAUGUCCUGGACCGGUACCAGCCUUUACUUCCUUCAGGCUCUUUCGGAUGGCGACCAGGACGCCUACAUUGACAAGCUGAAGAGCUACAACACCAAGGUCGUCAGACUGUGGGUCAACCGUCAGGGAAAAGGGUGCCAAAAAGGAAGCACCCUCGUCAAGGACAUUCCUCCGCUUGAAACCACUCUCGGACAGUACGACGAUGCCGCUCUCGAUGCAGUCGACCAGGUUUUGGUCAAACUUGUCGCGAAAGGCAUCAAGGCCAUCAUCUCGCCGCAUGAUGCCAAUUCGCUGCUUGGAGAUUCCCGAAAGGAUUGCUACUUUGAUCGCUGGGGUCCAGGCCACUUCUACGAACAGCAGGACGCUUUCGAUGCGUACGAUGCACGUCUCUCUCACAUCUUGAACUACAAAGGAAAGUACUCCGGCCAGGUGUGGAAGGACUGGCCUCAAGCCAUCGUGGCCUUCAACCUACAGAACGAACCAAUGGACUCAGGUGACAGCCACUGCGAGAACAACGACCCAUACGGCUGGGCCUGCGGCCGCGCUCAGAAAUUGAAAUCCCUCCUCGGAUCCAACACGCAAACCCUCGUCACAACCGGCGGUCUCGGCGGCGACAUUUCCCACGGCUGCACCUUCAACACCGCCGUAACCCACUGCGACGCCAUCGACGCCAUCGCCGUGCACCGCUACGCCAGCGUGCCCGGUCACUGGAGCAGUGCUCUCCCCGACUGGAUCAGCCAAGCCAACGGCAAGAAAGUGUACCUCGAAGAAUGGGGCAUCGAUGCCUCCAAGUACGACCAGACAUCCGCGUUUGUGUCGGAAGUGGAGGAUAUGAAUUCCGUGGGACUGCCGAGUCUGUACUGGCAGAUUCUGCCGCCGGGCGAAGGGAGUUGCGCUGGGUAUGAUCCCAAGACGGACAACGACGAUCAUUUUGGCAUCUUCCAGGACAGUGGCACGGAUUUGGCGGGGCCGAUGAAUGGGGCUGCGGGGGUGCAGGCUGCGCAGGAUUGGACGGGGAGUGUUUAUUGA